CCGGAUUCCUCCCGGCGUGCUGCGGAGGAACGGCUGUUAGCUAGUGGUGGCUUCAAGGUCCCCGGCUGGUCGGGGCUCCAGUGCUCUGCUUCUCCCCUCUGAGCUGCUGCCUGGCCUGGUACAGAGGAAGUCAUGGCGCUCCGGAUCACCAGGAACACGAAAAUUAAUGCUGAAAAUAAGGCGAAGAUCAGUAUGGCAGGCGCAAAGCGCGUGCCUGUGGCCUCUGCUGCAACCUCUAAGCCCGGACUGAGGCCAAGAACUGCUCUUGGAGACAUCGGUAACAAAGUCAGUGAACAGCCACAGGCCAAACUGCCUCUGAAAAAGGAAGCAAAAACUUUAGCUGCUGGAAAAGUUGUUGCUAAAAAACUACCGAAACCUCUGGAAAAGGCUCCUGUACCUGUAUUAGAGCCCCAGCCAGAGAGGGAGCCCGAGCCUGAACUGGAGCCUGAACCAGAACCUGAGCCUGUUAAAGGAGAGAAACUUUCCCCUGAACCUAUUUUGGUUGAUACUCCCUCUCCAAGCCCCAUGGAAACAUCUGGCUGUGCCCCUGCAGAAGAAUAUUUGUGUCAGGCUUUCUCUGAUGUAAUUCUUGCAGUGAAUGAUGUGGAUGCAGAAGAUGGAGGGGAUCCAAACCUUUGUAGUGAAUAUGUGAAAGAUAUCUAUGAUUAUCUGAGACAACUUGAGGAAGAACAAGCAGUUAGACCAAAAUACCUACUGGGUCGUGAAGUCACUGGAAACAUGAGAGCCAUCCUAAUUGACUGGCUAGUGCAGGUUCAGAUGAAAUUCAGGUUACUACAGGAGACCAUGUACAUGACAGUUUCCAUUAUUGAUCGGUUCAUGCAGGAUAAUUGUGUGCCCAAGAAGAUGCUCCAACUGGUUGGUGUCACUGCCAUGUUUAUUGCCAGCAAAUAUGAAGAAAUGUACCCUCCAGAAAUUGGUGACUUUGCCUUUGUGACUGACAAUACUUACACUAAGUACCAAAUCAGGCAGAUGGAAAUGAAGAUUCUAAGAGCAUUAAAUUUUUGUCUGGGUCGCCCUCUACCCCUGCAUUUUCUUCGGAGAGCAUCCAAGAUUGGAGAGGUUGAUGUUGAGUUACAUACUUUGGCCAAAUAUCUGAUGGAGCUAACUAUGUUGGACUACGAUAUGGUGCACUUUCCUCCUUCUCAGAUCGCAGCAGGAGCUUUUUGCCUAUCCCUGAAGAUUCUUGAUAAUGGUGAAUGGACACCAACUCUACAGCAUUACCUGUCAUACACUGAAGAAUCCCUUCUUGUGGUUAUGCAACACUUGGCUAAGAAUAUCGUCGUGGUGAAUCGAGGGCUUACAAAGCACAUGACUAUCAAGAACAAGUAUGCCACAUCUAAGCAUGCUAAGAUCAGCACUCUAGCCCAGCUGAAUUCAGCACUAGUUCAAGAUUUAGCCAAGGCUGUGGCAAAGGUGUAACUUGUGAACUUCGGAAUACUAUAAUAUCUACAAAUAAAAUUGGCACCAUGUGCCAUCUGUACAUAUUAUAUGUUACACUUAUUUACUUUUAAUAAAGUUUGUAGUCCUUUUUACUUCUUAACUCAUUUGAAUGUGGCUAUUUCCCACUUGAGGAUAACUUAAAAGUUGUCUUAAAGGUACAGUGGAGAAUGUUUUUUAAAAAAUGAAAACUGUUUUCAGUUACCUGGGAACCCAACUAAUAUAUACAAUUGGCUCUUCUUGUUUUAUGUACUUGGCAUAACUUAAUUAAUAUGAGUUCAUAUAGUCUUGAAGCCAUUUAAUAUCUUUAUAUGUUACACUGUAUGUAAGCUCAGUCAUCUUGAGAGAAUCUGCUACCUAGUUCUACACAAGGAAGAGUCUACCGUCUCAAUCCUAGUCCCCUUGUUUUAUAUUUCCUCUGGUGGCUGCAGUCAUAAUCCUAAAUAAUCUACUUGUACCACUUUCUUAAAUUAUCAACUUUAGUAUCAACUUUUUCACUUGGAAAAAUGAGAAUUUUAAUUUAUAUUCAAAACCUAAUUUACUUUUUGUUUAUUGGUUAAGAAAAAUAAAACAAUCCUUAGAACAAA